GCAAUGGUAUUGGAUGUUGGAGUGUAUUUCCAUUAUCACUUGUACGCUUUUCUGUGCGAGCGUGUGCAGUGUUUCUCUCUUGCUUCUUAUUCUUCCGGCAUGUUUAUGCUUCCAAUCUAAUGGGCUUUCUUCUUACUCUCCGUUAGAUUUCUAUUCCACAUCUAUAAAUCAUCUUUUGGAUCGAUUCGAACGGUGUAUAUGGCGAAGCAAAGUGUUUAUCCUAAUAAGGAACAUGAAGGGAUUGCUCACAAUUCUUCAGGGCCCUGGUGGAGUCUCUUUGGAUCUCAAUAUGGGGAAUCUUGUGGCCAAAUGAAACCCUUUUCACUGGAGAUUCCUAACUAUGUUGAUCAAAUUGACACCGGCAAGCAAUCGGCGAGAGGAGCUGAAAACAUAUCUGGGAAAGGACAUACAACUCAGUUUACCAUCUUUCCAGAUGAUUGUAAAAUGCCAUGUGGUGCACAAAAGCCUCAAGCAGCCAUAUCUCUGCAGUCACCACUUGCUGAUACUAACACUAGAUUCGAGCUAGGAUUCAACCAGCCAAUGAUCUGUGCAAAAUAUCCAUAUAUGGAUCAAAUUUAUGGGCUCUUCUCACCUUAUGGACCUCAAAUUUCGGGACGCAUAAUGCUGCCACUUAGCAUGACAUCCGAUGAUGGACCAAUUUAUGUGAAUGCUAAGCAGUACCAUGGAAUCAUCAGACGCCGGCAGUCCCGUGCCAAAGCUGUACUUGAUAACAAAUUGACAAAACGUCGCAAGCCAUAUAUGCAUGAAUCACGUCAUCUCCAUGCAAUGCGGCGACCAAGAGGAUGUGGCGGUCGCUUCUUGAACACGAAGAAUUCCGAUGAUCAAAAUGAUAAAAGUGGAAACAAAGUGAUCAAAGCUCUUGGCGAACAGUUGCAAUCUUGUGGCUCUCAGAGUUCUGAAGUGCUGCAAUCUGAGGUUGGAACUCUGAAUUCUUCAAAAGAGACUAAUGGAAGCAGUCCGAAUAUUUCCGGGUCAGAGGUGACUAGCAUGUAUUCACGCGGAGGUCUCGAUAGUUUUGCUAUCAGUCAUCUUGGUUCUGCCGUCACUGUCCACUCUCUAGUGGACAUGAUAGACGGCGGGAGGGGCAUGAAUAUGAUCAUGCCCCCCAAAUGGGUUGCAGCAGUUGGUGGCAAUUGCUGCAACCUUAAUGCUUGACUACCGGCAAGGACACGUGGGCUUGGUGCAAUGUUGUACCAAACCCCUUCCUUGCUGCGGCCAGAUGAAGAAGCUAUGUUCCAGUUUCAUGUUGACUGUGACAAGUUUCGUACAGCGGCUCGUCCCAAUUGUCUGGUCGAAGGCAAUCCAUCCUUGGCUCAAAUUUUACCUAUGGUUACUGUCUUUGUCUAUCUGCAAGGACUGUCUUGGCAUGUGUGCUAAUGGCUUGACAUCCUGAGACGGAAGACAAUGGUGAUAUCUUUGGCUCUAUACUUAAAAUAAAAGUGUGAAUUUUCUAGUUUCAUGUGUGGUUUUAAUGAUGUGUUUAUUAUGGAUAUCCGACUUUGUGGUGCAUACUUUGGCAUGUGAGUGAUCUUUGUUAUUGAAAUAAAGCAUUGGUCUGGAUUUCCUCUAUUGACCAAUGUUGAAUGUUGAUCA